CCUCUCCCUAUCCGGAAACUCCCGAGAGGGUGAAUGCUAGUACCUUCUUUUCUUCUCAUUUCAUUACUUUCUGGGGAGAGAGAGAGAGAGAGAGAGAGAGAGAGAUGCAGAAAGACUGAGUGAGAGAAGAUCUUGAAAGAGUCCAUCACGCUCUCUCUCUCUCACAAUCACAGCAAUGGAGUGUUUUGGUGUUCGUCACUCAGCAGCCCUAGCAGUGUCCUGCCCAGAUUGGAUUUCCUUCCGGAGAAGGAGAGUGUUCACUAAGCAACGGCGGCAGCAGCAGCAGCAGCAGAGAAGACGGUCUCUGUACGUUGCGACAAGCGCCGACGGGAGAGAGCAGAGCUACACUGCAGUCAGGGAUGAUUUCGCCGAUGAGGAAGAUUAUAUCAAGGCAGGAGGCACUCAACUACUGUUUGUUCAAAUGCAGGAGCGGAAGCCUGCGGAGAAGCAAUGCAAGAUCGCUGAUCAGCUGCCACCCAUAUCUGUUGGGAAUUCUCUAUUGGAUUUGGUUGUGAUUGGUUGUGGUCCAGCUGGUCUCUCCUUGGCUGCAGAAUCUGCUAAACAAGGCUUGAGCGUUGGCCUUAUUGGGCCAGACCUUCCAUUUACAAAUAAUUAUGGUGUAUGGCGGGAUGAAUUUAAAGGUCUUGGGCUUGAAGGCUGUAUUGAGCAUGUUUGGCAGGAUACAAUUGUAUAUCUUGAUAGCGAUGAUCCCAUUGUUAUCGGCCGUGCUUAUGGUCGAGUUAGUCGACAUUUGCUACAUGAAGAGUUAUUGAAGAGGUGUUUCGAGUCUGGUGUUGCAUACCUAGAUUCAAAAGUGGAAAAGAUCAUUGAAGAAAAUGAUGGUAAUAGUCUUGUUGCUUGUGAAGGCAACACUAUGAUUCCUUGCAGGCUUGCUAUUGUUGCAUCUGGAGCAGCUUCAGGGAAACUAUUGCAGUAUGAGGUAGGUGGUCCUCGUGUCUCUGUGCAGACAGCUUAUGGUGUGGAGGUUGAGGUGGAAAAUAAUCCAUAUGAUCCUAGCUUAAUGGUUUUCAUGGACUAUAGAGAUUUCGUGAAACAGAAAGCACAAUGUGAAGAAGCAGAGCAUCCAACAUUUCUUUAUGCCAUGCCCAUGUCACCAACAAGAGUAUUUUUUGAGGAAACUUGUUUGGCCUCAAGAAAUGCCAUGCCCUUUGGUCUAUUAAAGAAAAAACUUAUGUCACGCUUGGAGAGCAUGGGUGUUCGAAUUAUGAAAACUUAUGAAGAGGAGUGGUCUUAUAUUCCUGUUGGUGGAUCCUUACCAAAUACACAGCAAAAGAACCUUGCCUUUGGUGCUGCAGCCAGUAUGGUGCACCCAGCCACUGGCUAUUCAGUUGUACGGUCCUUGUCAGAGGCUCCAGCUUAUGCUUCUGCAAUUGCAAAUAUUUUGAAGCGGCAUACCUAUUCCAAGCAUGUUGUUCCAUGGGAAAAGAGUAUUGAGAAUGUGUCGACGCAAGCAUGGAAAACUCUUUGGCCACAAGAGAGAAAGCGCCAGAGAUCAUUCUUUCUCUUUGGAUUAGCAUUAAUUUUGCAGUUGGAUAUUGAGGGUAUCAGAGAGUUCUUCAAUACUUUUUUCCGCUUACCUAACUGGAUGUGGCAGGGAUUCCUUGGAUCCACACUCUCAUCAGCCGACCUCGUAUGGUUUGCUUUAUACAUGUUUGUAAUUGCACCACAGAGCAUGCGAAUGUGCCUAGUCAGGCAUCUCUUUUCAGAUCCAACUGGGGCAAUCUUGGUAAGAACAUAUCUCACCCUAUAGAUUUACCCACUUCGUAUUCCAGCGCUGUUUUCUCAUAUAAAGUAGUAAUACUACACCAUGCACAAGUUCUCCCUCAGCGUUCGAUCCUUGUAUAUAUAUAUAUGUAUUCUAUGUAUGAGUUUUUUUUUUUUUUUUUUUUCCUGGCCCUUUCUUGAUGGACUUGAUCCUUAUAUCGAGAGAUCUCAUAAAUUCAGAGCCUUUUCACGUGGAAACUUGGAGUCUUCCAGGAUUUCAGUAGAAGAUUUCAAUGCAAUGUAAAUGAACAUAAAAAUUGCAAUCAGCGUCUUUGCACAGUA